AUGCCUAAUCUCGGUUUGUACGCCCUCCAUCACGCCGGAGGGCGCGCCUGCAACUGCAAAGAUUGUGGCAGACGCUUCAAGAACCAACAUGUACUCUCUCGUUACAUCACGGCCCACGUCAGAGAGCGUCCUUUUGGAUGCAUAAGAUGUCAGGGGCGCUUCAAGAGAAAAUAUGUACUCGAUUCCCAUAUCAUACGUGUUCACACUGGAUUGCCUUCUUAUGGAUGCAAAUAG